AUGAUAAGUAAUUUAUUUUCAAUUUUUGAUCCAUCAACAAAUUUAUUUAACAUUUCAUUUAAUUGAAUUAGAACUAUCUUAGGAAUUAUAUUUAUUCCUUAUUCAUUUUGAUUAAUCCCUAAUCGUCAUUUCUUACUCUGAAAUUUUAUUUUAUUAAAACUUCACAAUGAAUUUAAAACUUUAUUAAAAAAUAACUACUUUCAAGGAUCAACUUUUAUUUUCAUUUCAAUAUUCUCAUUUAUUUUAUUUAAUAAUUUUUUAGGUUUAUUCCCCUAUAUUUUUACUAGAACAAGACAUUUAACAUUAUCAUUAUCAAUUUCAUUACCUUUAUGAUUAAGAUUUAUAAUUUAUGGUUGAUUAAAUAACUCUCAACAUAUAUUUAUUCAUAUAAUUCCUCAAGGAACACCAACUAUCUUAAUACCUUUUAUAGUAUUAAUUGAAACAAUUAGAAACAUUAUUCGACCUGGAACUUUAGCAGUACGAUUAACAGCUAAUAUAAUUGCAGGACAUUUAUUAAUAACUUUAUUAAGAGGAACUGGACCUUCAAUGCCAAGAUAUUUUAUUAUAAUUUUAGUUAUAAUUCAAAUUUUAUUAUUAAUCUUAGAAUCAGCAGUUGCUGUAAUUCAAUCUUAUGUAAUUGCUAUUUUAAGUACUUUAUAUUCUAGAGAAGUAAAUUAA